AUGCAGCCUAAGACUUUCGUUCACCAGCUCCAUUCAAUUCUCUUGGAACCGGAGGUAAACCAAUGGAUAUAUUGGUCUCCGACGGAUAGCAUGGUUUUCUUUCUGAAACCGUAUGACCCUAACUUCAGCACACAUGUUUUGAAGCGAUAUUUUAAGCAUGGCAACGUGAACAGUUUUGUUCGUCAAUUGCACAUGUACGGGUUCCAUAAGCUAUCGCAUCCUUCCCCUGACCAAACUUCCACCAAUAACGGCAACACUAAAGAACUUGUUGAAUGGAAAUUCACUCACCCAUCUGGAUUUUUCUUCAAAGAAGCCAAUGCUGGUGUCUUGAAUAAAAUUCAAAGGAAAAGCACCGGUGUGGGCAAAGAUGGUAAACGAAAAAAUAUUCUGUCGCCCAUAUCUGUCAGUUAUGUCGACGCGUCAAGAUUGAACGUCCUCUCUCAGCAACCUGCUCGUGGCGCCUCAACGGAACCCACGAGCAUGUUUAUGAGUAAUGGCGCACACCACUACUCAUUGUCUCAAGGCCCACCGCAAAUGUACUUACAACAACAACAACAGCAGCAACAACAGCAACUAAAUAAUGGACCCUACGUUAUGUCUUCACUGCCUCCUCAGCAACCAACGGUCAAUAUAAUGCGAAGGCAAAGUAUCUCCGCAAGAAUGAUGAAUUCUUACGACUAUCCCAACCAAUUUCCCUCACAGGAUGACGUGCUGCGGCCUCAACAGCAGCAGCAACAAUUGGUUUCUUCGCAAUCGCUAUCGGGUCCUCCAAUGAAAAAAUCUCGAACGUUAUCUUCGACAGAUGACCUGAAGGCUACUACUACCUUGCCAAUCGUCAAUUACCCAAUGCCGUUUCAUCCAGGUUCUUUCACGCAACAGCUUCCUAUGGCCCCAUCAUAUUCAUCUUAUUCUUCACCAAUCCCUCCUACAAUGAACUCUGUUUGUAACUCUGUUUCCAAUUCUGGUUGUAACUCUGCUUCUGACUCUCCUAGUUUGGCAGUGUGUAACAAUAAUGUAACAUUACAGAAAAAAAAUGACCUAAGUGAAAGACAGUCUUUGGACAACCAUAUACAAACAUUGAAGAACUCUUUAUCUACAAUUACUGAUUUGGUAAAAAGGCAUACAAGCGAUUUACCGCAACAAGACCUUAAUAUACAGACGAACGAGGCCCUGAAUAAAGAUCUUCGAACAAGCUUGUCUCUUUUACAGAAUUCUAAGGAAGAAAUAUUACAGUUGGAAAGUAAAUGGACGUCGAUGCAAUCUUUCAGGACGAUACCAUUGCCCUUACAAGAAACUACAAACACCUCUUCAUCCUUAACACCACUGACUUCCACCAUCACCCCUAAAAGUAUGCCUAUAAUGACGAAAAGCGAAGCUGCAAAUAAAUCUGCCUCUUACUGA